UUCUUCGGUUAAAACCUUUUGCUUGCCCUGACUCUCUCUAUUGAUAUUAACGCUGAUUUUCAAGACCAGCCUCCAGAUUCUCUUGGCGCAAUUACACAAUGCGUAGGACUAAUAGACGAGGUGGCUAUCGGCACCGCCGUCUUGUUGAAAACUGGAACUACGAAGUUAUUCACCACCAACCCCAGGAUCAACAACAGCAAUCCGCUACUGAACUCUCUUCCUUUCCAUCAACUUCUUCUCCGCAACAAACUCCGGGCUCUAAAUCUCCUAAAACUCAUCCAAACCCCAAGUGGGUCGCACGUGAUACGCCAAAAUAUGCACCCAAAAAAGCGUUUAGGGAGAUUUCUGAAGUCGAUACCACGAAAUAUCCUAUGGGUUCUAUGAAAGCUGAAGUGGGUUCUCCAAAAUCCGAACCAACUUCUUCGAAGAUUGAGGUGAUUUCUUUGAGUUCUGAAGUCGGUUCUCCGAAAAUUUCUGAAAAAGAAAGUAAGGAGCUAGAAAACAAGGAAAAGGAUGAUUUGCAAUCAAAUAAAAAGAGCUGUGAACCCGAGAAUGUAGUAGAUGAUAUUGUGAAUAGAUUAGAAAAGUUGCGGUUAGGUGUGGAGGAGCCAGAAUUGUCUGAGGAGCAGCUGAGGACCAAUGAUCAGCUGCAGGAGGAUGAGUUGCUUGCUAUGGAGUCCAUUUUUGGAGAGAAUGCCCUCAUUGUUGACAGGCAAGAAGGCCUAAGAUCAUUUCAGAUUCACAUCAAUAUUGAAGCUCCUGCUCAACUCAUUGUAAUUGCUAAGCUUAAUUCAUUUAGUGAUUUUAAGAUGAACAGAGAAAGCUCAGAUGAAUUCUCUUACUCAUUCAAAGUCCAAUAUCUUUCACCAGUUGUGUUAACCUGCUUAUUACCCAAGUCAUACCCGAGCCACCUUCCACCUUACUUUACCAUCUCAGUUCAGUGGUUGGAUUCCAUUAGGAUUUCCAAUCUCUGCUCCAUGCUGGACAGAAUAUGGAUGGAACAAUCAGGGCAGGAAGUUAUAUAUAAAUGGGUUGAAUGGCUACAGAAUUCCUCUCUUUCAUAUCUUGAGGUUGAUCAAGAGAUAAUGCUUGGUCCUUAUGGAGUAAAACAUACUGGGGACUGGCGUGCAAUUUCAAGAAAUGUCUCCCCAGAUAUUGACAUUCCUUCAAUGAAGAGUUAUAAUGAUGAGCAGUGCCAUGAGAACUUUCGCCAAAACAUGCAUGAAUGUGUCAUCUGUUACAAUGAAUAUACUGGCAGUGACUUUGUCAUGCUACCAUGCCAGCACUUUUUCUGUUGGAAAUGCAUGAAGACUUAUUCUGACAUGCAUGUUGCAGAAGGCACUGUGAACAAACUUCAUUGUCCAGAUGCAAAAUGUGGGGGUAUGGUCCCCCCCAGUUUAUUGAAACAGUUGCUUGGUGAUGAAGAAUACGAACGUUGGGAGUCCUUGAUGUUACAAAAAACACUAGAAUCCAUGUCUGAUGUUGCCUAUUGUCCACGAUGUGAAACACCCUGCAUAGAAGAUGAAGACCAGCAUGCGCAAUGCUCUAAGUGCUUCUUUAGCUUCUGCACACUUUGCAGGGAGCGACGCCAUGUUGGUAUAGCAUGCCUAACACCAGAAUUGAAGCUUCGUAUCUUAGAGGAACGCCAGAAUUCAUCCCAACUCAAGGGUGAGCAAAGGCGUAGAGAACUUGAGAUGAUCAAUGACCUUCUUAGUGUGAAGGAAAUACUUCGUGAUGCUAAGCAAUGCCCAUCUUGUAAGAUGGCAAUCUCAAGAACUGAAGGUUGCAAUAAGAUGGUAUGUAAUAACUGUGGGCAAUACUUCUGCUACCGCUGUAACAGUGCAAUUGAUGGAUAUGAUCAUUUUAAGGAUGGAUCAUGUGAACUGUUCCCACAAGAAACAAUUAGGCAGUGGGAGGGGCAGAUGAAUGCUCGCCAGAUUGUGGCUCAGGUUCAAGCUGAGCUCUUUGCUGAGCAUGGUCACUCAUGUCCUAAUUGUGGUCAAUUCAAUGCAAAGGUUGGCAAUAACAAUCACAUAUUUUGCUGGGCAUGCCAAAAGCACUAUUGCUACUUGUGCAGAAAGAAUGUGAGGCGCAGCUCUCAGCAUUAUGGACCCAAGGGCUGCAAGCAGCACACAGUUGGAUAAGCAUUUAAAGAGGAAAAUCAAAGAUUCAGCAACAAUGGGAUCGACGUGCAUCUUCACUCUCAUAAUUAUUAUCUAUACGUAUGCAUUGUCACUCUCAUAAUUAUAUACGGCUUAUAUUCUUUAUUGCGAGAUUUUGUUUUUGGUUAGUAGCACUAAUUUUUAAUGCUCAGUGCGCUGAGAGUAUUCUAUAAUAUUUCUUAGACAUGAAACAGGACCAUAUGAGAAGCAAAAAUACAAAAAUGAAUGAAAGAAUUUACCCCUUGAUUGAUUCAAA